UUCUACACCAAGAUUUGAUAUUUGCGGUGCGGUUUUCUAUCAACAUUGUUUUGUUUUUUUUAACGGAAAGGAGUUAACUUAAGACUUAAGGUGAUGGCUACUUCUGAAAAACGUUUAGACCAGAAAAGUGAAGAAAUUUCAUAUAAAAGGGCUCCCGCAACAGUAUCUGAAGUAAUUAUAUAUUUAAUAUAAUUUAGAAGUUAUUUAAGAAUAAAUACUAAAAACUAUUUGUAAUAAUAAGAAUAAGAAAUGUAAAUCCUUUUCUUUUGCUGCCCACGGAUACUACUUCCCACCCAAGUGCUUUUAAAAAUUUUUAUACAGUUUUUUGUGUUGUUUUGUUCGCUGACGAAGGCUUUCUGCCGACAUGUUCGUUGUUUUGUUGCGUUUAUUUUUGGCAGUGUCUACACGUUCGGCGCGCCGGACGUCUAUCUCCCGCACUAUGUGUCCGGCGACCAAGUCACAUGACCGCCGUAACAAAGUGGCGAGAGAUAUCGUGUCGGUCAGCCUUGUCACGUGACUGCGAAUAAUUCAAAACUAUUGUUAAUUUUAAAAUCUAUUUCUCUACCAAGUAAUGUACUGAGUAUCUUGAAUGCAAAUAAUAGAAAAAGAAACUUAAGUGAAAGUGGCUUGUAAACAUUUUUGUUUAGUUUGUUAGAUUUUGUGUACCAGUAAUCCAUAAAAUAAAUUAGGGGCCAGUGUGGCAACCAAUAAAAGUUAAAGAUUUCAUUUUAAAUUAUUUCAAUUGCUACAAAAUAUUUAAAAACUUCUCAUGAAACUACUGUUGCUGAGGAACAUGAUAAUAUAAAUAUAUACAAAAUAUUUUAAUUAAAAUGGGAAGAAAAAAAACGACCCUAUCCCCGGUAUAGAUCCUCAAACAUUUCUAUCGUCAAGCAACCACUCUACCACAAGACCAGACAAGAUGUACUAAAGCGUACUUCGUUUGGAAUUAUAAAAACUACUAGCCGUCCGGCCAUGUCCGGCGGUCACGUGACAAGUCGCCGGACGUGUAUCUUGCGCACUACACGUCCGGCGCGCCGGACGUGUAGACACUUCGUUUAUUUUUUCAGGUUUAACCCUACUUUGUUUUACUCAUUUUAAUUUUAUAUAUUUGUGCUAACCUGAUUAAAGACUCUCCCUUUAUUACCCUUGGGAAACCCAGGUGCAUGGUAACCCUAAAUACAGAUUAUACUAUGGUAAUAUGAUACUGAUGAGCCAGACUCAGACACCAUCUUUCAUUUUUUAAAAUGUCAAAACUUUCAAAGGAUUCUAUUAAUAUUGUCAUCAGGAGAGCUGAGUUAAAUUCACUCUAAAUAUUUUGUGAACAAAUUAUGGAUUCACCAGUCUGUUAAGUGAUAAGUUUGUAUGUUCCUGAAGGAGUUACUGAAGAGCCACUAUGAAUAUGUUAACUUCCUCAUGCUACUUCCAAAAAAAAGUACACCAUUAUUUGAUAUCACUUUUGCCACUUUUUGAAUAUUACCAGAAUAUAUAUAUAUUUAAAACCCUAGCUAUUUAAAACAAAUAAUACCAUUACCUUAACAAACAAUCAUACAUGCAUAUGUAUAAUAUUUAGUCACAGAAGACCUGCCUAAAUAGGAGCCAGAAUGAUCAAUUCAUUGAUCGUGGGCCCUCAAAACCUAGAAGAAGAUAUGUGUGUCCAUGAAAAUUCACCACUUUGGAAUCAAUAUUAACGGGAAAGUUAAUCACUGCUGUCACAACAUAUCAACUUGAUGCCACCAUAAUUGAUGUAACAACUUUCAAUGAGACACGGCCGCCAUCUUGAAAACAGCUGAUUUUGAAUAAGUGGUAAAUUCAGAGAGAGCGACCCGCGUUUAUUUCCAUGGCCGCCAUCUUGGUUGCCUCGACCCCCGCACUUUUACGUGUUCACGGGUCGAGGCAACCAAGAUGGCGGCCAUGGAAAAAUAAAAUAACUCACGUUUGCUAAAAUUAAGAAGAAAACGUUAAAAAUGUAUCAAAAAAUGUCUUAUAUCGAUCCCUAUGCCUAACCUGAACCCUAAAUUGAUCCCUAUGCCUAACCCGAACCCUAAAUCGAUCCCUAUGCCUAACACGAACCCUAAAUCUAUCCCUAUGCAUAACCCGAACCCUUAAUCUAUCCCUUUGCCUAACCUGAACCCUAAAUCGAUCCCUAAAUCUAACCUGAACCCCAAAGCCACAAGUAAAAACACGUGGGGUAAUUUACAAACUGUGGCAGAAAAACGAUCAAAAUUAACCCAAAAAAUGUUAAAAAACUCCCAAAAUAAUUAUAACAUUAAGAAAUAAUGAAAAUCCAACUUACAGUUUCAUGAAAUACACUUUUACACACUUUAUUUCAGGUUCCAAAGAAAAUAUAGCCACAAAAUGAAUAAAUCUCCACACCCCACAGGCACCCCAAAUAUAUCAAACAUGGCGGAACAAAAAAAAUAUGAUAAUGAGCCAACCAAUCCAAAUUUUAAAAUUAUAAUUAAUCAACCAAUAAAAUUUUAAUUCGGAAAAUGUAACUCUAUUAACAAAAAAAUAAUAAGUGGAGUGAAUCCAAAACAAAGUCGUUGUGGGCAGCUAAAUCUGAAACAGCCGAAUAAGUUAUUCUCUUCUGUCACUGCUUUUGAUUGUCAUAAAUUAUAUCACUGCUCAUGAAGGGACACAGUAAAUGAUGUUACUUGCAAAACUAAGACUUUGAAUAAAUGUAUUUUGCGAGAGCAGACCACAACUGCUUUUAAAAAGUAUUACUUCAUCAAUGUCACCAUAAAUUAUGUCACUGUUCUAAAUAAUAAUCAUUUUAUUUUAAGUGACUAUUUUAUUUUAACAUUCACAAUAAUCAAAAGAAGAAAUAUAUAAUUUCACAUAAGAUAUACACUUUGAAUCACUUCACUUAAAUUGCAAUUUCUCUAAUAAUUUCAUAACACCUUUCUCUUCAAAAUCUAAUUUACAGAAUCUUGAUUUACAAUCACAGUUUUGUGACAUCACCAAAAAUAAAAUCCAAAAAAAGUCUCAAAAGUAAAAAUCUAUCAUAAACGUGAUAAUUCCAUGAAAUACCCUUUUAGUAUCUUUAUAUUGUCUGACGACCUGAAGGCAACCUUGAAUUAAGAACAUGUUGUCUGCACAUUUUAAUAGAAAUGUUGAAUUUUAUUGUGUUUUUUUUUGUGUAAAUCUAAAAAUAUAGACAGAUAAUUGUUUCGGUAAAUCUCACAUAAUGCAAAUAAUGUUUUUUAUGGUUAUUUUAAGUUUAUUUUACUGCAAAAGUGAAGUAUUUGUAAUUCUGUAAAAGAAUUGGCAUAGUUCUAUUUUUGAUUGCUUGCAUUCAGACAUGUUACAUCAGUUACAAAGUCAUGUUUCGUAUGUUACAUAUUUUGUCUGUAUUUUAAAAAGAAAAGUGCUUUCUAAGUAGUUUUUAAAGGUUUUCCUUAGAAAAGUGAACACUGUAAAUAAUUAUUUUGAAAAAAAAAAUUUAAUUUAAAUCAGAUUUUAGAAGAAAUCAACAAAAAAAAAGAUGCUAAUUCAAAUAUUAUGUCCUUUUCAUGUUAAGUCAUUUACAAUUGCAAAAUUUAAUAUUUUUACUAUUAUGCUUAAAAUAUUUAUAUUAUAAAUGCUAUUUUGUUACUUAACACCCACAACCAUUUAUAGUUAAAUUAAGCACACUUAAUGGUAUUUUUCAUUUAUACUGGAGACAAAUGGAAAUACCUCUAUAAUUAGUGGUUGCAUGUUCCAAUACAUUCCAUGUAUUUUUGUAAUUAUUUCUAAUUUUAUUCUUUCUUUGUAAAUUUUAAUUCAUUUGUGAAUAUUUGUUUAAUUUUAAGCCAUCAUAAUUUAUGACAACAUUAACAUCCUUAGUAGAGGAGUACAAGUUUUUAUUAGCUGAAAUAUUUUUAAAGAAAUAAAAAAUGGUUUAAAGUUAUACUUCUGCCUGAUCCUGACAAUAGCAAUAUUUGGAUCCUCUCCUCUCAUUGUCUUCAGAUGGUACAAAAAAUCAAUGAGACCUUCAGGUUCAGGCAGCUUCAAACCCACCUAUCUCAUGUUGGACUAAACCAUAUUCCUGAAGCCAAUUUUGAACUUGCCCUUAUAUCCUAGAAACCAAACAAAUUCUCAAGGGUACUUUUACCAUCUAGAAGAGCUUAACAUAUAUAAGUUACAGUGUGAACACAGCAAAGCAGCAGGUGAAAAAAUCAAAUAAAAAAAAUGAAGAAUAGAGCUUAGAACAUGAAAAAAAGUAUAUCAAGAAAUAAUACUAACAAGAGAGGUACAGAGACAAAUAAAUAGUAGCAGUGAAAUGGUAAACUGACAAUGUCAUUAAUGCAUCAACCACAUAUUAUACUUGGAGCGCAUCCCAUUUUUUCUGUAUGUAUUACAAUAACAUGUAGUGUUAAAUCCCAUCCAUUUUACAUGGAUAAGCUAUUCUGCCUUUGAGGCAUUCUUCUUUUUUAAAAAUGUCAACUUCUGGGUGACAAGUAAUCAAUAGCCAAUUCAUAAAAAACAACAUUUGCUGAAAUUCACCUUUAAAAACAUAUGUGGCAAAAAAUCAUUGGAAGACUUUGACAUUAUGGGAGUGGUUGGAAGGAUAGCAAGAUUAGAAUUUAAAACAUUAUCACAGAUGACUCGCCUUUAAUUAUGGCUCUAAUUGUUCAUUUAGAUUAAAUGUGUGUAGAGCUAAAGUCUUUAGACCUCAGGAUACAUAUUGAUAAACCAUGAUGAAUACUUUGCAUUAGAAAUUGUUUUAAUUAAACAAAUAUUGUAAUUCUUUGCUUUGCAGCUGAAAGAAAAAAAGUUUUCCAACAAAGAAAGUGAGUAGGCCUAACACAGAAUUGUAUGGAGACAUCUUUUAUUCUUUGAACUAGUUAUCCUAUAAGUAGACACAGGAGACAUUUGAUGGGGGAGAGACUCAAAUUUUUGGUAAAGAUGUGGGGAGUGAGGUUGGGGGGGGGGGGCUGGUAUAGUAAGGUUGGGAGAUUUUGGCUCAACAAAUCAGAGCAUAGGAAAAAUUAAUUUAACAGUCAUAAAAUCUAAUUCUGUUUCUCUCAUCGUAUGGCCUCUUUGGUAGUCCAUUGCUCAAGUCACAUUUGAACUGUUGUAGUUUAAAAUAAAAAAUAAAUUUCAAAAUUAACUGAAAAUUUCAGGAGUGAUGCAUGAAAGUAAAAUAUUAGCUAUUCAGAAAAAAAAAACAACUUAGGAAAGGUUUGGAAACUAUUCUAUAUAGUNGGGGGGGAUGUAGGGAGGGAAUGGAAAUGAAUAUUUUUCAUCUAUACAAAACAUAGAUGGAAGAUUGCCUUAUAUCUUUUGUGGUGAAAUUGUGAAGAGAGUUUACAUCUCUAUGGGGGUGAAAUUAUUUAAUGAAAUUUUUUUCUUAUGUUGUUAUUUAAGUAAUUUUACAUUAAAAGAGAGUAAUUUCAUUAAAAAAUUUGAAACAUUUUGUAUUUCUUUAUGACAGGAAAGGCAUAUAAGCGGAAAUGGAGAGAGGAAAAGUUACUUGUUCAGAUGGAGAAAGAAAAAAAAAUCAGAUUAGAAAAGGCACAGCUGGUCAAACAGGCAGAGGAGGAGAAAGAGAAAAAAGACAAAUGUGGUCGGACGUACACAGUUUCCAUUGCACUGCCAGGAUCCGUUUUAGAUAAUGCUCAAUCCAUGGAGCUGAGAGCUUAUCUAGCAGGACAGGUGAAAACAAAGAAUUAUUUGUGAAUUCACAGCAGACUUGCUGCCUUCUGAAGUUAUACUCCAUUGCAUUCUGUGACUUGCAAUGAAAGCACUUAAGAGAUUCAGCUGUACAUGGUGUUUGGUCAUUAGAUUAGUGGGAAAUUCCGUUGAGUGAAUUCUUCAAUCAGUUUUGUUUCUAUGUCCUUAUUUUUGCAGAUUGCUCGUGCAGCUGCAAUCUUCAAUGUUGAUGAAAUAGUUAUUUUUGAUGAGAUGAAUGAAACAAGGUGAGAACCACAUUGAAGUACAAAAAUGUCAGGGUUUUUUACAGCUUUGGCUGAAAAUUGUAUGAAAAAUGUGUAUUUCCAUUAGGUAAAAGUAUUUGUCUGAUUUUGUCUACUUUGUGAAUAAUUUAAUUAAGACUAAUUUACAUUAGCAUCUUCCAAAACAUGACAGAUAACUGUAUUAACUGAAGCACUGUUAUUAAACAUCCUUUCUCCAUGCCCAUAUUGCAUAGAUUAUAUGUGAUUUAAAUUGGAAGGUAAAUUAAUUAGUUCUUGAUGCAAAUUCCAUUAACUGACUCAUUUACCCAAACACGCUUUCUGUGUCAGGCAAGACAAGUCUGAAUUCAGUGGUCUGAAGAAGCCUGGACAUGGUAACACUCAGCUGUUCCACAUCCUGCAGUACCUGGAGUGCCCUCAGUACCUCAGGAAGAUGUUCUUUCCUUAUCACCAAGACCUUGUGCAUGCUGGUAUGUGACAUGAUUUGUUAUGUGUACUUUCCUUAGACCUUGUGCAUGUUGGUAUGUGAUAUGAUUUGUUAUGUGUACUUUCCUUAUCACAAAGACCUUGUGCAUGCUGGUAUGUGAUAUGAUUUGUUAUGUGUACUUUCCUUAGACCUUGUGCAUGUUGGUAUGUGACAUGAUUUGUUAUAUGUACUUUCCUUAUCACAAAGACCUUGUGCAUGCUGGUAUGUGAUAUGAUUUGUUAUGUGUACUUUCCUUAGACCUUUUGCAUGUUGGUAUGUGAUAUGAUUUGCUAUGUAUACUUUCCUUAUCACAAAGACCUUGUGCAUGCUGGUAUGUGAUAUGAUUUGUUAUGUAUACUUUCCUUAUCACAAAGACCUUGUGCAUGCUGGUAUGUGAUAUGAUUUGCGAUGUGUACUUUCCUUAUCACAAAGACCUUGUACAUGCUGGUAUGUGAUAUGAUUUGUUAUGUGUACUUUUCUUAUCACAAAGAUCUUGUGCAUGCUGGUAUGUGAUAUGAUUUGCGAUGUGUACUUUCCUUAUCACAAAGACCUUGUACAUGCUGGUAUGUGAUAUCAUUUGUUAUGUGUACUUUUCUUAUCACAAAGAUCUUGUGCAUGCUGGUAUGUGAUAUGAUUUGUUAUGUGUACUUUCCUUAUCACAAAGAUCUUGUGCAUGCUGGUAUGUGAUAUGAUUUGUUAUGUGUACUUUCCUUAUCACAAAGACCUUGUGCAUGCUGGUAUGUGAUAUGAUUUGUUAUGUGUACUUUCCUUAUCACAAAGACCUUGUGCAUGCUGGUAUGUGAUAUGAUUUGUUAUGUGUACUUUCCUUAUCACAAAGAUCUUGUGCAUGCUGGUAUGUGAUAUGAUUUGUUAUGUGUACUUUCCUUAUCACAAAGAUCUUGUGCAUGCUGGUAUGUGAUAUGAUUUGUUAUGUGUACUUUCCUUAUCACAAAGACCUUGUGCAUGCUGGUAGGUAAAAUGACUUGUUAGCUUUGUGACUGAGACUGUAAUUAAAAUAAAAUUAAGGGAAUAAAAGAAUCAAUUUUUUCCACAGUUAACAAGAGUAUAUUUGCUUUUUGGUGUUCAUAAAUAGUUUACUGGGUAAAAGGUCUAAAUUGAGAGAUACUAUCAAAUCCACUGCUCUAGAACACCUUGGACCAGCAACCCGCAGAAAUAAAGAUUUUUUAAAAUGAAAAUGAUAAUGAGAUACAGUCACUACUUAAUGAUUAACACCAGGGUCUGAGAUCCUAUCAGAAAGGAAAGAUGCUUUCAGAAAAAUAAAACAGAAACUUUGUGAAAUGCAGGACACGCGGCUCAGCAGGAACACUGAUGAAAUUCAAGGCUAUGCUAUAGUCAUCAUAUAAAACUUUUCUACGAUGACAUAAAAGAAGUCUACGGUCCACAGUCCUCAGACCACUUGCCCAUCCUUAACAAAGAUGUACUGGACACAUGGCUCAGCCGGAACGCUGAUGAAAUUCAAGGCUAUGCUAUAGUCAUCAUAUAAAACUUUUCUACGAUGACAUAAAAGAAGUCUACGGUCCACAGUCCUCAGACCGCUUGCCCAUCCUUAACAAAGAUGGAAUCCAGUUACUGACAGACAAGAGUCAUAGUUUAGAAAGAUGGGCUGAACACUCUUGUCAAGUCCUUAACUGUCCGGCUGCUACAAAAGAUAAUGCCAUUGCUUGUUUCCCAAAGGUGGCGAUCAACAAAGAGCUAGACAAUAGUCCCAGUGAAGAUUAAGUUGGGAUGGCAAUGCAGCAACUCUCUUCAAAGAAAGCCCCAGGACAAGAUGCAAUCCCUGUUGAAAUCUACAAAGCAGGAUAGAAAGACUGACAGAGCUAUUUGAUCAGAUAUGGAAAGAUGCAUGGUACUGUGCCUCAGCAAUUCAAGGAUGCAAAUGUAAUACUCAUAUAUAAGAGAAAGGGCAGGCACCAAAGCUGUGACAACUAUGGAGACAUUUCUCUCCUUUCCAUAGCUGGGAAGAUCUUGGCCAGGGUCUUACUGAAUCAUUUACAACUACACCUUGAGCAGGGACUACUUCCUGAAAGCAAAUGUGGAUUCUGUUCAGAUGGGGAUUCAGCUGACAUGAUAUUUGCAGCACGCCAGCUCCACGAAAAAUGUCAAGAGCAACACAGCGGUCUGUUCAUCAUCUUUGUUGAUCUGACCAAAGCAUUUGACCCAGUCAGUAGAGUUGGCCUGGAGAAUAUAAUGAAGACGUUUGGCUGCCCGAAUGGAUUUAAUACAAUAGUAUGUCAACUCCAUGAUGGUAUGAUGGCCAGAGGGAUGGAUUCUGAAGAAUUCUUUGGUAGCCCCAAAACUUUUUUUGCAUGGUGUUCUCAGCAAUGCUGACUGAUGAUUUUCUUGUUAAUAACAACAGCAUUCCUAUAAGAUCCAGGACCGACGCAGGGCUAUUGAAAGGGAUGGUUAUUCAAGAGCUCCUGUUUGCUGAUGACUGUGCCCUCAAUGCAAGCUCAGAACUGAAAAUGCAGAAAAUACUUGAUCACUUUGCAAAGGCUUGGGACAACUACUGCCUUGCAAUCAAUAUGAAAACCCCCAGAAAUCUUGCAUUAUCCAGCUCCAAGAAAAGCUUACAAAGAACCUAAAAUGAAGGGACAGAAUUUCUAGGUAGUGGAAAAAUUCACAAAUUUGGACAGCACCUUCUCCAAGUCAUUAAAAAUAGAUGAUGAGAUUAACAACCAAAUUUUCAAAGCAAAUGUUUCAUUUGGAAGGCUCAGUAAGAGUGUUUGGGAGCCAAGGGGUCUCAGUCUUGUAACUAAGCUGAAAGUAUGUAGGGCACUCAUAGUAAAUCUCUCCUUUAUGUGGACAGUGUACAGCAGACAUGCUAGACAGCUAAACCAUCUCCAUAUACACUGUCUGCAUAAAUUUCUUGGCAUCAGUUAGCAGGACAGAGUACCUAAUACGGAAGUCCCACUACAAGCUGAAUUUAUAAGCAUUCACACGCUCCUACAAAAAGGACAAGACAGAUGGGCAGGGCAUGUUACAAGAAUGCCAGAAAGCAGACUUGGUUAGCUGUUGAAAUUCCUGACCUUAUACAAAGGGUGAACUCGCCAGCGGGAAAUGCUCAGUUGGUGGGCAGAAAAAAUUGUUCAACAACAGUCUGAAAGCUUCAUUUAUAUUCAUGGACAUCGACCUUCAUUCAAGGGCAAUACUUGCAAUGGAUCGUACAUGCUGGUGAAGCAGACUCAGUGUAAAAAAAAUCCUUAGGGAAUAUAUGCACCGGUUACGCCCAAAGAAAGGGCAUGGAAAAAAAAAGGAGAAUCUACUCCAGUCCAACUAGGACCUAAAACAAUGCAAGUCCAAUGUGCCUGAAAGCUUUCCAGGCACAAAUAGGACUGGCAGCCACCUGCGUACUCACAGUAGAAUAUAGCCUUGGUCAUCUACACAUGUGAAGGAUGAACAACGAACGAACCAGUUAACAAAAUGUGUUAAGGCUUUAAAAAAAGACACCAUUAUUAAACACCAUAUCAUAAAACAACAAACACCAUAUCAUCUCACAACAAACACCAUAGUUAAAUAUUAUACUAUUUAUUUAUUUACUUCACAAGUCUUGAACUCAGUCCCCUACGAAUAUCAAAGUUUAUUUUUUAUGUUCCAGUGUAGAAAUAAAAUCUUAGAGAAAAAAUUUUAAGCUUAUAAAUAGAAUUAAGUUAAUAAAUACAUUAGCAUUAGACCUGGGAACAAAUGUUGGCAUUGUCUGCCUCACAACCAGGCAGUUCAAGAACAAAUGUUGGCAUUGUCUGCCUCACAACCAGGCAGUUCAAGAACAAAUGUUGGCAUUGUCUGCCUCACAACCAGGCAGUUCAAGAACAAAUGUUGGCAUUGUCUGCCUCACAACCAAGCAGUUCAAGAACAAAUGUUGGCAUUGUCUGCCUCACAACCAAGCAGUUCAAGAACAAAUGUUGGCAUUCUGCCUCACAACCAAGCAGUUCAAGAACAUAUGGCGGCAUUCUGCCUCACAACCAAGCAGUUCAAGAACAAAUGUUGGCAUUCUGCCUCACAACCAAGCAGUUCAAUAAAACAAAUGGUGGCAUUCUGCCUCGCAACCAAGUUGGUUCAAAUGUGUUAUCAUCUGACAGCUCAGCAUGACAGAUAUUUGUGGGGUGGUGGUAAAUCCUGAGUAAAAAACCUCAACCACUGAAGCCAAAAGACCUCAACCACUGAAGCCAAAAGACCUCAACCACUGAAGUCAAAAGACAUCAACCACUGAAUCCAAAAGACCUCAACCACUGAAGUCAAAAGACAUCAACCACUGAAGCCAAAAGACCUCAACCACUGAAGCCAAAAGACCUCAACCACUGAAGCGAAAAGACCUCAACCACUGAAGCCAAAAGACCUCAACCACUGAAGUCAAAAGACAUCAACCACUGAAUCCAAAAGACAUCAACCACUGAAGUCAAAAGACCUCAACCACUGAAGCCAGAAGACCUCAACCACUGAAGCCAAAAUACAUCAGCCAGCUUGGUGUAGGAUUAAUCAGCUUCAUAAAUAUGUUUUAAAAAUUUGAUAAAUAAAUCACAAAAUUGCCAGUUUUCUGUGCGAUAUUUUUUGGUAUACAGGGUUAUACAGGUCUAUGAGAUUUGUAUGUGUUUGGUAUACAGCUCUAUGAUAUUUUUAUGUUUUUGGUAUACAGGUCUAUGAGAAUUUUAUGUGUUUGGUAUACAGGUCUAAGAGACUUGAUGUCUUUGGUAUAUGGGUCUAAAAGACUUUGAUGUCUUUGGUAUACAGGUCUUCUGAACCCCCUGGACAUCCCACAUCAUGUCCGUGAGUCAGAUGUCUGUGAGUACAGGGAAGGAAUCACUCUGAAAAAGCCAAUCAGUGCCAAGAGAGAGGCGACCUCAUACGCUAACAUUGGCUUGAAAAAGGUACGUUGUUAUAUGGUAUGGUGUUUGUUGAAAUAUUUGGUGUUUGUUGUUAAAUGGGAUAGUGUUUGUUGAAAGACUGGCAUAUGGUGUUUGUUGUUAUGCAUUUUACUGUGACAUAUAGUCAUUUGAAGUGACAUAUAGAGGAAAUUAUGCAUUUGGCAUUACUGACUUAAAGAGUGCCAUAGUUUGUUAUUACUGACAUGGAUAAUACCAUAGUUUGUUAUUACUGACAUUGAGAAUGCCAUAGUUUGGACAGGCCGACAUGGAGAAUUCCGUAGUUUGUUAUUCCUGACAUAGCGAGUGCCAUAUUUAAACCUUGCAGACAUAGAGAAUGCCAUAGUUUGGCCGUGCUGACAUAGAGUGCCCUAUUAUUAUAUUUUUACAUUGUUGGCCUUUUAUUAACACUUCAGGAUGUGAUUCUCAACAUGAACAUAAAACCAGGACAGAGAGUUACAGUUAAAUUAAAGGCACAAAGCACAGGUAAGCUUGGCCGUUGUAAGGUGAUGGUAACCUGUAUCAUUUUUUGUUACACCUCUAUAAAAUUACAGAUGAUAUUUUGUAUGCUACAAAUAACAGGUGACAUUUGUUGUUGUAUUGUGAGAUCAUAGGAGGGGGCAUAGUGAGCCUUAUAGAGACACAAACCGGUCGAUAAAAUAUGUUCUUGAUGCCAAUAUAUAUUCUGCACACAUCGCUGACAUGCCGUAAAAGGUGACGAGUAUUUUCUAACUCCGUUUUUUCAGAGAAGAAAAACCUGGAAGGAGUUGUCGUCUCACCCAGUGAGCCGAGAGAAGUUGCUGGGAUUUACUGGGGCUACACCGUCCGGCUAGCCAAGGGUCUGAGUGAAGUCUUCACAGAUUCACCGUACGAUGGUGGCUACGACUUGACCAUUGGUACCUCUGAGAGAGGGGGUGAUGUGAACCAAGUGAAGAUAACAGAAUUCAAGUAAGUCCGCACAAGCAUAAAACAAAUAGAUGAUGUCAGUUCAAAGGUCAUCUUCUUUGUACAUUAAAAUCAGUGUUUGUGAAAUCUUGGACCCUCACACCCUUAUAAACAGUAUGAAAUUGAAAUUGUAGUUUCAUAUGUUAAUUUUUGGGAAGCCAUCUCCCAUUGUGAGACAGACUAACUGGGGUAAGUUCUUCAUUUUAGAAGAAACUUGAUGCGCCAUUGGGGUAAGAACUGAUUGCCUAAAAAAAUUUCCAUUAGAGCAUUUGAGAUCAUUUUGGCCAGACUCAAUGUCUUGGCUGUGCUUUUGUUUAUUCCUUGUGUCCUCUAUUCUCAGACAUGCCAUUGUUGUGUUUGGUGGGUUGAAAGGCCUGGAAGCCAGCGUUGAAGCUGAUGACAACAUCAAGACUGAUGACCCCAGUGAUCUGUUCCAUCACUAUGUCAAUGUGUGCCCCAGCCAAGGCAGCAGGACCAUCAGGACAGAGGUAAUGGAGUUUUUUAUUUUAUUUUGAACCAUAACUCAUGUACAGAUGGUGUUAAGCCUAUAGAUUAUUUUGAGACAUAAACUAGCGUGCGGCAGUAAAUUAGCUUUUAGAUUCUCGAUUUUGCUGUAGCACAACAAAUUUUGGGUCCCUAUCAGUUAUAGCUCAGUCAAUGUCCUUGAUUUAUUGAUUAUUGUUGCACAACUUACUUUAAUUUCCUAUAAAUAGAUUUGCUGGGUUUUCAUUUCAUUCUUGCUACUUUUCCUGAACACCGUUUACUUUGGCCCUUGGAUUGCGUAGUGUUAAACGACAUGUUUAAUAAGUACCACGCCAAUGCUUAUGAAAUGGCACAUUGUGUGGCUCUACAGUAGUCAAUCCCAGUACAUGGAGUUUUUCUAUAUUAUUUAAAGUAGGUUCAGUCAUACAGGAAUGUAUUCCUUGUUUCAUUUACAAGUGAACAUUUUAUUCUCUUUUAGUUCAUUAUUUGAACGCCAUAAUCAUCCUAUAAAUUAUAAACCUUAAAAAAUAGUGGCUUGCUAUGAGACUAGUUUUCAGCUUAUUUAUAAUAUAUUCAAGUUCAUAGCUAUUUAGAUGGGAAAGUUUUGUUGUAUGGUAUAUUGUCACCGUUGAUUUAUCUUACAUGUUGUGUUUUAUUUCUUUACUUGCAGGAAGCUAUUCUGAUAGCAAUGACAUCAUUGUCACCAUUACUUACAAAUAAAUUAUUACACUAAAGUGAUAUGUGUUGGCUUACAUUGCUUUUAUGUUUCUGUCA